AUGGGACCAGGCGCCGUGGCUGCCCCACAGCCUCUCUCCUCCUUCCGUACUGGCCUCAGCGUAGGCUCCGCCAGUGCAGGACUAGGCUCGGAAGGGCUGACAGCAGCAGCGGCAGCAGCAGGGCUGAAGCUGAAGCAGCCUGGCGCUUUGUCGGACGUUUUUGCUGAGUUUGGUUCGUUUGAUGUCAAGUCUAAGUCUGUGCAGCCUACUAGUGCGCCUGUGAGGCGGGAGGUGCCGGGGUCGCUGCAGCAGCAGCAGCAGCAAGCGCAGAUGGGGACGAUUCAGCUGCAGCAGCAGAUGGCUGUUAAGCAGCAGCAGGACCAGUUGCAGCAACAGCAGCAGCAGUUGCAGCAGCAGCAGCAGCUGCAGCAGCAGCAGCAACAGCAGCAGCAGUUGCAGCAGCAGCAGCAGCAGCAGCAGCAGGUGCAGCAGCAACAGCAGUUACAGCAACAACAGGCGUUCCCACCACCACAGCAGCAGCAAGCGGCAGGGGAGGAGAAGCCAUCCCAAGGGCCUGCACCUGCUGCCGUUACGUCCGCCCCUGCUGCCCCUUCUGCACCUACCACUGCCGGCCCUGCUGCUGCUGACCAAAACAUGUCUUCCAUUGCGCAGCCUCUUCCUGCCCCUGCUCCGGCUGCUGCUCCUGCUGCAGCUCCUGCUGCGCCUGCUGCGUCCGAGCCCACAGCAGCAAGUUCAGGAGCUGGAGAUACGGGUAUACAGGCAGCAGCAGCAGUGCAGGAUGCAGACAAGAAGGGGGCUGGUGAAAUUAGCACAGGAGCAGCUGGAGCAGCAGGAGCAGCAGCAACAGCGGAGGGAGCAGGAGGGAAGGUGAAAAGGACAGCAGACGACAUUGCAAAGGCAUCUCUGAAUGCGUUUCUUAUCGGGGGCGUGUCUAACGCCAUGGUGCCCAAGCAACCCCCCCCAGCCCCAGCAGCAGCAGGAGCAGGAGCAGGGGUAGGAACAGGGCAGUUCGUUACAAGUCAAGCCGUUGUGCCUGCUGCCGCCCCUGGUGCUGUUGUCGCUGCUGGGGUGGCAGCAGCAACAGCAGGGGGAGCGGCGGCAGCAGCAGGGGGGCCAGCAGGAGGGGGGUAUGUGAUGGUUCCGGGUGACCCUCAGCCAUGGCCCCGAAUCACAGUGGCAGAGGUGCAGCGCUGUGCGCAGGUGUUCAGUGCGGUUGACACGGAUAGAGAUGGCAAGAUUACAGGGGCGCAGGCGAGGAAGCUGCUGAUGAGCUACAAGGUUCCCAUCGACGUGCUGAAGCGGGUGUGGGACAUGGCAGACCAGGACAAGGACGGCAUGCUCACCCUGCGAGAGCUCUGCACCGCUCUGUACCUCAUCAACCACCUGACGGGAGUGGGGCAGAUGCCGGUGCCAGCAGAAGCAGGAGACGUGGAUGCGUCAUGGCCCGUGUACCGCUCCCAGGCGCCCGACCUGGAGAGCAAGAAGCUGACGGGAGUGGGGCAGAUGCCGGUGCCGGCAGAAGCAGGAGAUGUGGAUGCAUCAAGGCCCGUGUACCGCUCCCAGGCUCCUGACCUGGAGGGGGAGAAGGUGGCUCAGCUGGACGCGGAGGAGAGGGAGAAGAUUGAGAGCAAGCACAAGGAGGCUGAGGAGAUCGGGAAGAAAGUGUGGGAGACGGAGCUACAGAUAGCGGACUACAGGCGCAAGAUCGACUUCUAUCGUGUCAAGAUGCAGGAGAUCAUCAUGUUCAAGAGCCGCUGUGACAACCGUUUGAAUGACGUCACGGAGCAAGUGGCAGCGGAGAAGAGGCAUUACGACAUGCUGUGCAAGCGCUACGACGAGCGCUUCAAGGCAUCCAUGCCAGGUGUCAAGUCGCGAUUGGCCUACGAGGACAGCGUGCUAAAGGAGCUGCAGGAUCGCAAGGCAGCGCUGAUGGAGGUGGUGUCGCGAUUCCGAGCCACCACCACCGCUGACGCCUCCGACCUGCUGCAGGGCCGGGCAGACAAGCUGGGCAUGGACCUGGAGGACGCACGGAGGGCCAUCAACCGCCAGGCCAAGGACCUGGGGCUCAAAGUGCGGCCCCUGCUCGGCGCUGCCUCGGGGCCUGAUGCGUGGCGAGUGGCCCUGCAGGAGAACAUGGCGGACUGUGAUGAUGACUGGGACGAGUUCAUGGAGCAAGGCUUCUCAGUGGUGCGAUCGCGCACGGACGACCUGCUGGGGGGAGACGAUGACGAGCCAGCGCCCCUCAUCCCCCUCGGCCCCCCGCACCUUUCUUUCUAUGCUUUGCGCCGUCACCUGCUCUUACCCCUGUGUGCUCUCAGCCCAUCGGCGUGGGACAACCGCUUCGGAUUCACAGCCUCGGGAGUGGACUCGCCCUCGGUCUCGCAGUCCAUGGACUUCCAGCCCUCAGCCUUCGCAGGCCAAGAUUUUGCCUCGGGAUUCGACCAUCAUUUUGACGCCACAGGCUCGGGCUUCCGAGCCUCCAGCCAGUAUGACUCCAACUUCCGAGCCUCAAGCGAGUUUGACUCGCACGCACAAGCACACCCAGAGGAUUCAGCAAGUGCAUCCGAGCAGUCAGGGCUGGGGUUUGGUCGCCCGGACGAUUACGCUGAGGUGGCUUCGGGCGGCGCUGCAGGAUUUGAUUCUGCUGCGGGGUUUGAUUCUGCGUAUGGAAGUGGGAGGGGCGGCGGUGUGUCGGCGUCACGAUUUGAUGAGCAUGUGGGGGAGGAGGAUGCUUCUUCUGCAGACAACACUCCCAUGGCAGGCACUGCAGGGCAUUUCUCACAGCGUGGAUGGG